GACGACAACCACUUGGCAACAAGAACCGCCAGUCGAUGCCACAAGCUUCUUUUGAAGCUACGAAAGCUCUGGAGGAUCGAUGCUCAUUGAUUGAAUAUCCUCCAUCGCUAUUCAUAGCUGACUCGACCACUUUGGGAGCUCCACUCCAAGAGCGCCUCCACACGAGACCUCAGCCGGUCCGUAAGACGACAGCGCGACGUCGCAAUCCGAUGGAAGCCCUCGAGGCGUAGAAUCCAAUGUCAUGGAGCAAAAUGGGGCAAGCAAUGGGCACGAGACGAAGCCGCAGAAGUCUCCACCCGCGUCUGGCGCAAACAAAAGCCCCAAGAAGCGGCGCAAAGUAAAUCAUGCUUGUGUGUAUUGUCGCCGAUCUCAUAUGACAUGCGAUUUAGAACGCCCAUGUGCACGCUGUAUAAAGCGCAACAUCGGACACCUCUGCCAUGAUGAGCCCCGCGAACCGGAAUCGGCCACGAAAAAGUCGAAGAGCCAGCAUAGCAAUUCUGUGGCGGAGGAUGUUGGGUCGCCGCCUGAUCAAUCACAGGCCAAUGUCGAGAGUGGCAUGAGCAAUUCGUUCGAGGAGCAAUCGCAAGAUACCAGUCUCGACUUGGGCACAAUCACUGCUUCCCAAGGUGGGCCCUUACAGAUUGUUCAGCCAUCACCUGUGUCAGGAAUCCAGGCAAAUGCCCUCAACAGCGUCAGCAAUCAAUUUGUCGGGUAUUCGAACGACUGGCUUGGAUCUCAGAAUCAAUUUCACGAUAUGCAUAACUACCAUCCUUCAUAUAUGUUCAAUGCGCCGGAGGUUAACAACGAGUACAACCUUCUGAACGAUUUUCUGAACAACAGUUUGCUUGAUGACGGUGCAUUACUCCCAGACGACACUUCAAACUUCUACACAGAUCAACCUGGAGUCAUGUUGCCUGGCGCAGCCAACACUAAUGCUGGCCCUUCUGGAACGCAGCCUCAAGCAACUUUGCAACCCCCGGGAAACCCUCAAGGCAAUUCCAUUUCCAGACCAGCGAGUGUCAUUCCGACUGACAAAGCACGCGAGUAUUAUCUUCAAGCCGCUGAUCCGACUGGCAAUGAUGCGCCUGAAGAGAGAAUGCAAAGAUUGCUCCGAGCAAAAUAUGAUGCGGGAAUGCUGAAGCCCUUCAAUUAUGUGAAGGGCUACGCACGACUAUCUGCUUACAUGGAUAGCCAUUUGCAUGCGGCUCAGAAGCAGAAGAUUCUUCGACAAUUAGAUCGUUUUAGACCGAAGUUCCGAGAGAAGGUCCAGGAAUUGACUGAUAUCGAGCUCAUAUAUGUGGAAAUGUGGUUUGAGCGCAGCUUGAUGGAGUAUGAUCGUGUCUUUGCAAGCAUGGCCAUACCUGCAUGUUGCUGGAGGAGAACAGGAGAGAUAUUCAGAGGAAACAAGGAGAUGGCGGAGCUGAUACAUGUACCCAUAGAGAAGUUGAGAGAUGGCAAGAUUGCGCUGCACGAGAUUCUCGCUGAGGAAUCGCUGGUCAACUAUUGGGAGAAAUUUGGAGCAAUUGCUUUCGAUCCAGCUCAGAAGGCACUCCUCACUUUCUGCUCGCUGAAGAAUCCAGAUGAUCAAUCAAAAGAUCCAACGAUCAAGUGCUGCUUCUCGUUCACAAUUAGAAGGGAUGAUCACAAGAUUCCCUCUCUGAUUGUUGGUAAUUUCUUGCCCCAAGAUCCAGUGAAGCAAUGAGGUCUUUCUACAACAUAUUUGCCUGUAGAUUAGGGGUGGUAAGUACAUAAAAGUUGCUUGCUCGACAGGCGUUAUUGGUCAUAGGAAAUCUUAGGUCGUUGCGAGGCAGCGACGAGCUGAGCUUGAAAUACAGCAUGACCGGCAUGCCUUUUUCUUCUGUAAAUCGAACGAAAACUUUCCGUCACGUCUAUUCCC